AUGUUAAGAACAUCAAUUUGUAUCCGGCUAUUCAAAAGCCGCAUAAAAUAUAACACUAGAACAGCUCAAAACCAACUCCAUGCUACACAUUGUAUAUUCUCAACUGAAAAUGUAAAGAAACAUGUCGUCAAAAUAGCGGAGUCUCUUACAUCAGAACUUAGUUAUUCCAACUCAAUCAAGCGGCUUAAGUUAAAGAAUCAAGCUGCUGUGCUUGUCCCACUAUGUACAGUGAAUGGGGAACUUUGUUUACUUUUUACUGUACGCUCUAACAAUCUUCCUACUCAUAAAGGGCAGAUAAGUUUUCCUGGAGGAGGGGUUAAACAUGGUGAUACAGGGGCAGUUGAUGCUGCCUUACGCGAGACAGAGGAAGAAAUUGGGUUUCCUCGAAAUAAAGUUGAUGUUUGGACAACUUUACCCCAUAUUUCAAACCAUACGCGAACAGCUGCUGUAAUACCAGUAGUUGGUUACCUUGGUGAAGUUAAUAUUGAAGAUAUGGUACCUGACAGAAAUGAGGUAACAGAAAUUUUCACUGUGUCGCUGACCAACCUUGUGAACAAUGCCAGCUAUACUCGAUUUCGAAUCAAGGCCAAGAAACGUUCUGAACACGAUUAUGUGAUGCCCGUUUAUUUCACCCAGUAUAGAAUAUGGGGACUUACUGCGAAUAUUGUUGACACAGUUCUUUCUAUUCUUAAAUCAGACUCGUAUAAUCAACUAGCUGAAGGAAAGUUUACUGUCAAAGUUAAAUUAAGUUCGGAUGUAAAAAUAGGUCUAUAG